AAAGAUCGAAGGAUGACACGAAAUCAGGGAGGAAAAUAAGGCUGCGGUGUAACCGAGCGGGACAGAAUCGGAACACAGCAAAAGUAAGGGUUCGAACGAGUCGAAAAGAAAAUCCUUACUGUUCAUGUUUCUUGAAUGUGGAAUAUCGUAAAGAUGGUAAAGUAACAGCGAAAGGAUGCUUCGGUCAUGUUGGCCAUGAGUUAGACCCAGCCUUGUUGCACUUAUCCGCGGAUCAACAGGAGUAUCUGAAAACCUUACUCGAAGAUUAUCCCGUUAGCCAUAUUAUCCGACGGGUACGCGAGGAAAAUCGCGAACUAAAAACUCGCCUAUCUUUUGUUUCCAGAAGCGAUCUCUUUAAUUUGAAAAAAAGACAUAAAAUAACUCCCCGUUAUCGUAGUAAUGAUAGAUCAUCCAUGAAAAUGAGCCCAACUUCUAUUGCUGGUGACAUCUAUGAGGACCAUAGAGAGCAGGGACAGCGGAAAUUAAAUGAAAUUAUGAACACAUGGGCAACACUUGAAGCGGAAGCAAAGUAUCUAGCCGAUAGUGGCUCCCUUGAUUCUCUGAAGAAACUGGACAAAAUUUUAGAGCACUUGAAGCUUGCUACAGCUAAUAUUCCAUCUGCCAAUUCCCUGUACCCCCUGGAAUCAGUGAAAAAUGGUGUUGAAGCACAUGUCCAGUACGUGGAGUCAUCGCCGAAACAAAGGCAAGUGAACCCCAAAACGAGAACCGUAAGGAACCUCCUGCUACGAAACCGACUGAUGACGGACUCCUCGCCUGCUCGUGUACCUGGACCAUCAUGGAACUAA